GUAUUUACUUGUGUUAUAUUUGGUACCUUAAAUUUUGGUAAGUGCACAAAAACCAAAGCAAAUAUUGCUUUAAGGCAGCGGCUACUCAGAAAAAAGGGCACAUCCUUUUUAUAGAGUCAAAGAUAAGAAAGACUACAGUAGUACACAGAGUUGCAGAGAAGACCGCCAUUGAAGCUCUUAAUAAAAACUCCAUAUUAGAAACAAUAAGCUCUGCAAAAUUCCAAAAAAGAAGAAGAAAAGAGAAGAAGUAUAUAGAAAGCUUCAUUUUUUUCUUCAAAUACCUCCAUUUUUCUCUUCUUUUUGUUAGUGUUUUGAACCUCAUUGACUUGAAUUUGUGGGGUUACUAUGGAGUAAUCUCUGUUUAAAUUUGUGGGGUUUGUUUAAAAUUUUCAGUUGCAGUUUGCAGCAUUAACGAAAUUCGAGAAACUGUAGAAAUUGAGCUUGGGGUUGUCUUGUUGAGUCUCAUUUUGGAAUUGGGUUAGCUGUGUUGUAUCAAAGUUGGGUUUGGUUUUUCUGUGAAAUGGAUAAUCUGAUAGAGUCAAUUGAAGCAGGAGAAGCUAGAUCCGAGAAUUGCGGAGCUAGAAUGGGAGAAAUAGGAACUGGGUUUCAUCAAUUUGGUGAGGAAAUCUUGUCUGUUACGUCGGAAGGUGGAAGUUCUUUCACUGCUUUACUUGGGCUUCCACCGAAUCAAGCGGUGGAGCUUUUGGUUCAGUCACCGGAAGCUGACAAAAUGACAUCAGAUAAGCUCGCUAUCAGUGAACCUCACUAUCGUUAUCCUCCUCCUCCGAUUUUUCCUUCAGAUAUCGCUUUGAUCGACAGAGCUUCUAAGUUCUCCGUCUUCGCCGCCGCCGGUAACUCUCCGGAGUCCAAUUCAACCCUUUCAAAUUCCGGAUCGAAAUCACUGUUCGUCAAACAAGAACCCAUAGAUUCCGAAUUUAACCACAAUUCAUCUCCGGCGACUUCCAAUCCACUAGUCAAUCAGAAAUCAACAAAGAGAAAGGAACGCGAGAAAAAGGUAAAAGAAACUUCUAAAAAGGGGAAAAAAUCAGCUAACGAUACCUCAGAAGACGGCGGUGAGAAGCUACCAUAUGUUCACGUCCGAGCGCGUCGAGGCCAAGCCACUGAUAGCCAUAGUUUAGCAGAAAGAGCAAGGAGAGAGAAGAUUAAUGCUAGGAUGAAGCUACUACAAGAACUGGUCCCAGGAUGUAAUAAGAUCUCAGGUACUGCAAUGGUGUUGGAUGAAAUCAUCAACCAUGUACAGUCCCUACAGCGUCAAGUGGAGUUCUUAUCAAUGAGACUUGCUGCGGUUAACCCGAGAGUUGAUUUCAACCUUGACAGUCUCUUUGCGGCAGAACGAAGUGGUUCCCAUGUGGAGAGUAACUUACAAGACAUGGUUGUGCCACCUAUCUGGGCCGAGGGACAAACCAGCGGAAACAGAAACCAAUAUCAACAUCUAUGGCAUUAUGAAGGGUUCCAUCAGCCUGCCUGGGGAAGGUUAGAAGACAAUUCUAGCUUUGUUACUCCAGAGAACUCGCUGUUGACAUAUGAUUCCUCAGCAAAUUCAGCAUCCUUACACCCAAAUCAGCUGAAAAUGGAGCUAUGAAAGAAGAAGCAAGUCUUUACUAGUGAUUAGCUGUAUAUAUAUCGGACAUAUUAGUUGAUAGCAGCCAGUGCCAGAGAAGAGAGUUAUCAAGAAUUCAGAUUUUGGGUUUCACCUUCUUCUAAUCAAACAGCAAGGAGAAACUCCAGUUUGAUCUCUGCUAGGGAGGAAGAAAAUUACGCGUAUCCCUUGUUCCUAUUUAUAUAACAUAUAUAUAUGUAUGCAGAAAGAUUUGUCUAUACGAACAUAGGGUCAUUCAAUCUGAUACUUGGUACGCGAGAUGAUUGAUUGAUUCGUAGUUGUAAAACAAGAACAAACUAGUGGUGACUAUUACAUUGUUAUGCAGGCAAGGUUUCGUGCUAUUUGCCCCUUCUGCUGAAAUUUCUUGUGCUGUAAUUAUGAGAGAACUUGAGAAGCAAUAAAAAGAAGAACAUUGGAAAA